AUGGUCUUCGCCAAGGAAGUAUACUUGGAAUACUGUUCUGGAUUAGUCAUGGCAGUGACGACCUGGCACAGUCGAGCAGCCACCGUGACUCCUCCCCCGUAUUACCAGGCAGUGAAGCGUUUCUCCCCCGAGAUCAUUCGAAAGGCUUUCAUUAGCAAGCCACCUGUAAUUUAUGCCGCCUUAUUGGAGAUUCUGCAUCGUCGACGAGGUUCCUCGCGGUCGUGCAGCCGCAUCUCGAGCCUGCUCCGUGGCCCCGAUACCCUCGACGAUACCCGGCCGCGCCGUUGGGUGUCUUACCCAACGGCGCAGCCCAACGGCCCAGCGGCAGGGAUUGCUCGAUUGCGUAAUCGAGUGGCGAUCCUUGACGCGUCGGCCUUCAGCCGAUGUCGACGCCGAGGCCCUUCAACAACAAAGAAACGAAUGCGAAUGCUGGACUCCCGCAUUCCUUUCGAAGAAGGGGCACAGGUGCCUCUGGGCACUUCCACGCGAGAAGUCCAAGCAGUACAUGGCGCGAUUGAAUCUCUGCGAGACAUGGGUCGAAUAUUGACACAUGACGACCGGCCGGACUUGUGCAUGUUCCGAGAAAACAUGAACAUGCACCGGUUCUGCCCUCUUCCAGAAGAUCGAACGGCUGUCACCUAUGUCGAAUCCAAUGCUGUCACCGUGUCGAAUCGAGCGCUGCCGUUGGGCAAUCAGCCGGGGCUGGUGGUGAGUCUGGUGGCGUCGAACCUGGUGUCGAGUUGCAUCCUGGUGCCGUCGGUGAUGCUGGACUUGGUGGACUGGACCUUGACUCCGGCGUUCGUGUGCCACCUUCUCAACGGGAUCUCGUCGGUGUGCUUCGGGACGGCGGUGAUGGCGUCGCUGGGGAUACACGUGGACCGGUACUUUGCGGUGCUGCAUCCGUUGAGGUAUAGACAUCACAUCACGAGGGCGAGGGUGCUGGGGAUGAUCGGGGUGACGUGGGCGGUGCCGGUGGUGCUGGCGGUGGCCGGGGGGCUGGUGCUCGAUCCGCCGCUGGAGGGGGACUGGCACGUCUGCAUCGAGUUUCAGAUGCAUCACGGUCCGGAGUUUCGUCUCUGGCACGUCGGGUUCGGCAGUUUGGUCGUGGUGUUUCUGUUUCUGGCGCCGGUUGCGGUGCAGCUGUGGAUCUAUUUCAACAUCUACCGCGAGGCGCACAAGAAUAGUGAACGGACUCGACGGUCCAGUCUGGGGGACGUGAAGCCGCCUCUCACGAGACAGAACAGCGCCCUGGAGAAGAUGAAGCACCGGAUUUCCAAUGCCAGCUCUUACCUGUACAGGGACGAGGGUCGGACGGUGAAGUUCUCCGUGUUGGUGCAUCUGAGUUCUCUGUUGUGUUGGGGGCCCUACGCCCUGCAUCUUCUAUUAGCUUCCUGCGGAGUGGAUCUACCUCAGACGGUGCAUACGGUCAGUAUCGUGCUGCUGCUCACCUACGCCGCCAUCUCUCCGUUUCUCUACGGAUACCAGAACCGGAAGGUGAUCCGGGAACUGAGUCGUCUGUUCGGAGUGAGUCGGGGCCAGGACGCGUGCCUUCCGCGGAGCCGGCCGCGAUCCGCCAAGGUGAGGCCGUUACCCGCCGGAGCCGUCUGGAAGGUGGACGAGAAGGGCCACGUGGGUAGCACGUGGGUGGACCCACGGCACCUCCUCCCGCCGAAACCCCGAGGUCAGGGAGACGGCGGCAGGGGUUCCGUGAGCAGCGGGAGCAGCCACGUCUCGGAGAUGUCGUCUGCGUCCAUCGCUACCACCAUCACGGACAUCCUCGACUGUUGA